AUGUUCUUUUUUUAUAUUUUCUUCCAUUUUCUUUCUUUCUUUCUUUUCGUGCCUUCUUCCAUUUUCUUUCUUUCUUUCUUUUCGUGCCUUCUUCCACUUUCUUUCUUUUCGUGCCUUCUUCCACUUUCUUUCUUUCUUUUCGGGCCUUCUUCCACUUUCUUUCUUUCUUUUGUGCCUUCUUCCACUUUCUUUCUUUCUUUCUUUUUUUCUUUCUUCCAUUUUCUUUCUUUUCGUGCCUUCUUCCAUUUUUCUUUCUUUCUUUCUUUCUUUUCGUGCCUUCUUCCAUUUUCUUUCUUUCUUUUCUUUCUUUUCGUGCCUUCUUCCAUUUUCUUUCUUUCUUUUUUCUUUUCGUUUCUUCCAUUUUUUUUCUUUUCGUGCCUUCUUCCAUUUUCUUUCUUUCUUUUCGUGCCUUCUUCCAUUUUCUUUCUUUCUUUCUUUCUUUUCGUGCCUUCUUCCAUUUUCUUUCUUUCUUUUCGUGCCUUCUUCCAUUUUCUUUCUUUCUUGUUUUCCUAUACUUUUUUCUUUCUUUUACAUCUUUUUAUAUUUUCUUUCUUUUGCUGGUGA